AUGAGCUCCUCCUCAUCGGCUCCAGUCGAUCAGGUCGACCUCCUUAUCCGCCAAUUCCACCAACAGGUCGACCCCGCUCUGCUACCCCUACCGCAGGGCGCGACGAUCAUUCACCCCGCCUUGCAGAGCGCCAUCUAUGAGUCUAUGUUCAACGAGGCCUCCGUAUGGCCUCUGCCUCCGAUAUAUUACCAGGCACGAGUCCUGAAGAUGAUCCUGUCUCGCAUUGAAGAGGCCAUUGCUGAUCCUGAGGAGGAUGAAAUCCACGCCGAUCUCAUAGAAACCUGGACCAGUCUCAUAUCUCAGCCUAAGCCCUCCACCAUUCAACAGGCCCAACAAUUAUCCUACAUCAAAUACACUUCUCCCAUUCCCCCACCUCCCACCUCACAACCUCGAACAGUGAUCACUUCCGAAUCCCGUGGUCUAAUCCUCUCCGGCGGGACGACCGGUUUUCGCACAUGGGAAGCCGCUCUCCAUCUGGGGACGUAUCUGUCUACGCCGGCCGGUGAGAGUAUCAUCUCUGACAAACGAGUCAUAGAACUUGGAGCCGGCACGGGCUUCGUCUCGAUGUUUUGUGCCGCGCAUCUGCACCCACAGUACAUUCUAGCUACGGAUCGGGAGCCUGCACUAAUUGAGAAUAUUCGGGACUGCGCGCGGAGGAAUCAGCUCCAGAAGGCAUCGGGGUCAGGGUCCACCCAGUUCGGAGCUGCAAUCUGGGAGUGGGGGACUCCGUUGGAUAUUUUCUCUGAGGACAGUCAUGGGGAUAACGAAUCUUCAGCUACACAACCCGUUGCGACUACAGGGACAGUCCCCGGAGACAAGAACCCUCGCAUUUUCGACGUUGCACUUGGUGCUGACUUGAUCUACGACGUUGACCUCAUUCCGCAUCUUCUGUCCACCCUGCAUGAUCUAUUUGAUAAUUACCGAAUCAGCCAAUUCAUCAUCUCGGCCACUUUGCGCAACCAAAACACGUUUCAAACGUUCCUGUCUGCUUGUGUAGAAGAGAAUCAAUUCAGCACGGAUUGUGUCCCGUUUGAACCGUUGGCUCCAGAGAAACAGAAGGGGUUCUUCUACUCGACUGACGUUCCGAUCCGCAUAUAUCGAAUCACGAGAAGUACAAAUCCAGCAUGA